AGCGAAGGGCAUUGAAUGGUUAUUACUAAAAGGAGAGGGCCGACGGUAAGCGCUGCAUCAGACCUGUCGAAGCUUUAUUUUGUUGGAAGCGAUUAGCAGUGAUGGCAGGGCAUGAUGCUGGGACACAAUACCAAUUCACCGGAAUUCAGAAAUACUUUAAUUCCUACACUAUCACAGGCAGAAGAAAUUGUGUGCUAGCUACAUAUGCAAGUAUUGCAAUGAUCUUCCUUUAUUUUAAACUGAAGCCUAAGAAACAAACCCCAGCUGUGACACAGAAAUAAAAUAGGUUGCUGACAUGCUAAUAUUGGACCUUUCAUGUUGUCUUGCUGCAACUAGAACCUGAUAUACACUUCAAUAAAUCAUGAACAAUGA